AUGUCUUUACUCAAGGCAGACAAAGGAUGGGGACUGGGUUUUGCUGAGAUGGUGGUGGGUGACAGGAGCAAGGAGGUUGUGCUUGGGGAAGUCCUGGAGCCAAAUAGGCAUGCCAAGGAUGGGGUGAAGGGAAAGGGAAAGAUGGUGGAGGAGAACUCCCAGGGUGGGAGUUCUAAGGAUCACCUGCCCCAUAGGAGCAAUGAAAAUGAAGCCAAUUCUGUGAGCUUGGGGUCAGUGUACUCCCAAGAUGAUCCCAACAAGGCCUCAUCUGCCACUCGCAACAAUGCACAUCCCAAUGACAUGGGGACCACUCUGGUGUAUCUGCACAAUCCCAGGCUCAAGCAUUUGAUGUAUUACGACCUGUACUUGCAUGUUCUGGAGGGUGGAGAUACAGCUACUGCAAUAAUGGUGCUGGAUGCAAUAUAUGCGCAGGAUGCAAUGGAACCCAUCCCUCCAUUUGCUCCCUCAUUAUUGCCCAUCCCUGAAGAUGAUGAUGAGGAUGGCACAGUCAUUGCCUCCCCCCCUCUACCCCGGGUGCCGAUGGCUGAGGAGCUCAAGUCCAUGCUCCACAAUUGCAUGCAGGGCAGUGACGUAGCCUGUCAGGCUGUCAAUGAGGAGUAUCAUCAUGUGGGUCAAGCACACCCUCAAGAAUUGGCCUUCUCAUCUAGCUUGGCUAGUGUGGGCUUGACUCCAUCCUCAAGGCUGCCACUGGGUCCCAAUGCCCAUGCUGGCUAUGAUGGGCUUGCAGAUCCCUUUGGGAGGAUUGUGCAGAUGCUGGGCACCAUCAGCACAUUCUUCGAGAAGAAUGAAGUGGUGUCAGAGUACAAGUGGUGGGCUUGGGCAGGAUACCAAGUGGCUGAGGGGAUUGGUAUGCUCUUGCUGUGGAUCCAGCUGGCCAUCAUCAGUUGCUCAACAGUUAUGAGGUACAACCCAUGUACCUUCAUCAUUCUUCUCAUCAUGUUUAUCUUCUGCAGGGUGAAAGGGAUUGCAAUUGAUGAGGUGCUGUUUGGCAUCCUGGAGGACUUGGCGAUGAAAGGGAGGAUCAUGAUGGGUCAUGAGUAG